UCAGAGCCUAGAGAUUGCUACUCUGAUGCUGGAGUUAAUUCGUAUAUAUUUUGAGCGAGUUGGGCCUCUCCCUAUUGAUUUUUGAUCUCCGAUUUCCUGGCAGUUCUGCACACCUGCAUUUUAAUUCUUGUCACUUUGAUCUGCUGUGCCCCCGUGGCUCCUUGACCUGCAAGUAAAGGGAGGACACCAACGUGCAGAGCUUGGGGCGAUGUACCAAAGCCUGGCCAUGGCCGCCAACCACGGCCCCCCGCCCGGCGCCUACGAAGCGGGAGGCCCUGGCGCCUUCAUGCACAGCGCGGGCGCAGCGUCCUCUCCGGUCUACGUGCCCACGCCGCGGGUACCAUCCUCUGUGCUGGGCCUGUCCUACUUACAGGGCGGAGGCGGGGGCGCUGCGUCUGGAGCCACCUCGGGUGGCAGCUCUGGGGCCGCCCCGUCGGGUGCAGGGCCUGGAACCCAGCAAGGCAGCCCGGGCUGGAGCCAGGCCGGAGCCGACGGAGCCGCCUACACCCCGCCGCCCGUGUCCCCGCGCUUCUCCUUCCCGGGGACUACUGGGUCCCUGGCCGCCGCGGCCGCUGCCGCUGCCGCCCGUGAAGCCGCAGCCUACAGCAGUGGCGGUGGGGCGGCGGGCGCUGGCCUGAGCGGCCGUGAGCAGUAUGGGCGUCCUGGCUUCGCCAGUUCCUACUCCAGCCCCUACCCAGCCUACAUGGCCGAUGUGGGUGCGUCCUGGGCCGCAGCUGCGGCGGCCUCCGCCGGCCCCUUUGACAGCCCAGUCUUGCACAGCCUACCGGGAAGGGCCAACCCUGCCAGACACCCCAAUCUCGUAGAUAUGUUUGAUGACUUCUCAGAAGGCAGAGAAUGUGUCAAUUGUGGGGCCAUGUCCACCCCACUCUGGAGGCGAGAUGGGACAGGACACUACCUGUGCAAUGCCUGUGGCCUCUACCACAAGAUGAAUGGCAUCAACCGACCCCUCAUUAAGCCUCAGCGCCGGCUGUCCGCUUCCCGCCGGGUAGGCCUCUCCUGUGCCAACUGCCAGACCACCACCACCACGCUGUGGCGCCGUAAUGCUGAGGGUGAGCCUGUGUGCAAUGCCUGCGGCCUCUACAUGAAGCUCCAUGGGGUACCCAGGCCUCUUGCAAUGCGGAAGGAGGGGAUUCAAACCAGAAAACGGAAGCCCAAGAACCUGAAUAAAUCUAAGGCACCGGCAGGUCCUACCGGAGAGAGCGUCCCUCCUACUAGCAGUGCCUCCAGCAACUCCAGCAAUGCCACCAGCAGCAGCAACAGCAGCAGCGAAGAGAUGCGCCCCAUCAAGACAGAGCCUGGGCUGUCAUCUCACUAUGGGCACAGCAGUUCCAUGUCCCAGACAUUCUCUGUCAGUACUGUGUCCAGCCAUGGGCCCUCCAUCCAUCCAGCGCUGUCGGCUCUGAAGCUCUCCCCACAAGGCUAUGCAUCUCCUGUCACUCAGACAUCGCAGGCCAGCUCCAAGCAGGACUCUUGGAACAGCCUGGUCCUGGCUGACAGCCACGGGGACAUAAUCACCGCAUAAUCAGCCUCCCCUCUCCCUCUUCAAAUUCCUGCUCGGACUUGGGACCUGGGGAGGGGGCCAGCAAAGUCUGAGGCUGGGGUACCCUGGCCGGCCCCUUUGUCUGGGAACAACUCCCGAAGAACACCUGGGUAGAACUUGAAGUUGUUGACAGUCGCUUAGGGAUGUGGGUACUGGCUUUCUACAACUGCCUUUCCCAGGUGGACCACUGGAAAGAACCUGCAUAUUCCUACAGAC